GUUAAAACUACAAAUGAAGAUGGUAACGAAGAUGUCUGUAAUCAAGAAUAUGAGUUAUCAACUGGAAUGGGAAACUUAAAAUCCCACUUACGUCAAAUUCAUAGAAUUUUGCCUCCUGAAACAAAUAACAAAAAUAACCAAAUAAUUAAUGUAGCUUCAAAUCAAUCAUCAUUACAUGACUUUUUAAAUAAAAAAACACCCUUAUCAUCUUCAAAACAAGAUAAAAUUACAAACCGUAUUUUAGCCUGGAUUGUAGACGAUCUUCAAUCAUUUUAUGCUACUACCAACAAUUAUUUUCGGGAUAUGAUUCUUGAAUGUGAGCCAAGAUUUAUGUUUCCAUACAUUGAUCAGUUAAAAGAAAAAUUAAUGCAAUCAGUACUUUUUGCGGAACAACAACUUAAAAAUCUAUUACAAACUACAAUGGAUUCUUUUUGCUUUACGACGGAUCUGUGGUCUCAAUUUCAUCAACCCUAUAUUGCUGUAACUAUUCAUUGGAUCGGUCCUGAAUUUACUUUAUACCAAGCUCUUCUUACAAUCCAAAAGUUCGAUUACCCUCAUACAGCUUCAACAGAUAAUGCUUCUUUGAUGACUAAAGCAAUGAAGCAGCUUGACGUUGAGCAUAUAGCAUAUUCAAUUCAGCUUGCAUUAGGUGAUGGAUUUAAUAUUAAAGAAGAUAAAUAUCAAGCUGAAUUAAAUCCACAGCAUCCAGUUAAUCCUCUUUCAAGUGAUACUAAAACUCAUUGGAGUUCAACUUACAACCUUUUAAAAAAUCUUCUUCUUCUUCGUAAUGCUAUUAUACAGUUAACUGAUAAUUUAAAGCAAAGCGUUAAUCGACAAGAAAGGCAAGAUGAAUUAAAAGUUUUAGAGCUUCUUUUGUCAACUGAGGAAUGGAAUUCAUUAGAUGAAUUAGCAAAACUUUUGCAUCCUUUUGCACAAGCAACAGGAUAUAUUGGAGAAAAUCAAUAUUCUACCUUAGAAAUGAUGAUAUCUACUUUGAUUAAGCUUUCACAUCACUUACGAGAUUUUUAUCCAACAAUUACAUCGAUAAUAGUAAGAGCUUGUUGCAGUAAAAUUAAUGAAUCAAUGCUAUCAAGAUGGUUUGAACCGUCACUUAAUAGUCUUAUAGCUUUUUUUUUAUAUCCAAGAUUUAAAAAAAUGAGUUACAUAACUUCUAUUAAAAAAAAUGAAACUCUUACUUAUCUUUAUACUUUAUAUAAUAACCAGGAACAGUCAACUUCUAUUCAAGAAACAGAACUAUUAAACACUAAUUCUUCUUUUUUUACUUCAUUUUAUGAUGAUGAUAAUAACGUCUUAGUUGAAAAUGAAAAUUUAUCCUCAGUUGUGGAAGAAAAAAUAGCUUAG